AUGCAUAUAGCGGUUGAAAAGCAUUUUGAUCUGAACUACACACACCCCAUGUGGUAUAUAUACAAGCGAUGCGAGUACGCAAGCUAUUUAACUAGAAAAGAUCUUUGUUUCAGGCUGGCUUCUUUCAUGAAAACAAAAGAUGGAACAACUAUACUCAGACCGCACGCGAUAAGCAAGGAAGACGAUAGUGCAAUGAAAGAAGAAAACAUAAAAAGCUGUAUUGGAGCAUGGUUUUUGUCUUCUGCUAAAAUUAUUACCAGAGAAGAAGAUGGCACAGAAUACGAGGAAUUAGUUAGUGAUUUUGUUGACAAUUUACAAUAUAUACCGGAUAAGAAAUUCCAAAUAGAGAGAACAAGAGAAUCAUCAAAAAGAGUAAUUUUCUCGUCUUAUACGCCGCUAGGAUAG